UCUUUUCCGCUGCUGACUCCGGGCAGCCGAGUACCUUUUCACCUUCGUGGUCCUGGGGCUUCUUACGGCUUCGGUGGGGCCGGGUGGGACCGACCGGCGCUGGAAGGGGGCGGUGAAAAUAAGCGUGUGGCCCGGGCCGCCGAGGAGCCUCUCGGGUGAGGCCUCACCCGUCCCGCUCGCGUCCGCCGGGCUGCGCCUCCUCCCGGGGUCGCCGGUGCUGCUCGGCCGCUCGGGCUGUCCUGUCAGGAGCCACGUCGUGACUGCGGGUAAACGCGCUUCCUCGGGGUUUUUACAGACGCGACGAUUGCCUCUUCAGGAGCCUCCGAGGCAGGCUGUGUGGAUUAUUCCCGGGAGGAGAGACGUUCCGGCCGCUCGGGUCCCGGUGGCUGCGCCCCGCGACCCCGCGCCGGGACCGAGGGCUCGCUCUGUGCUGCGGACCGCUUCGGCUUGCGCGCCCCGCCUGCGUCUCAGGCACGUUGCCUUUAGGUGUCUUGGACGUGCUGCUUUCCGUCGGUAACCGUGAACUUGGGCAGACCGCGAGUCCUUCCCCUAAAGGACAAGAAUACUCGUUCUUAUCUGAAGUGCGUGGCUGCGCCGCCCGCAGAGCUUCGCCACGGUGGCCUGUGGAAGACACGAUGGAGACUUGAUUGCACUUAAUAUUUCAACUUAUCAUUUUCUCUCCAGAAAGGAGCCUUGCAGCCUCAUUGGGCAUCCACCUCUGAAAGGACACAUUUCCUGUUUUCCAGAUGACCUCUGGGGUACCUCAGCAACAUUAUCAUCUCAUAUCAUCUUCGCAGACAACAUCUUACUAUAUAUAUCUUUCUCUAGGACUACAGGAAUGCAUUUAACCUUAUAUACAGUGAAACAGAGAUUGCCAUUAUCCACUUAAAUGCAUAAGCUGCCCUGACGUGUGCGUGGAAUCACAGGCAUAUUUCACCAUCAGCCUUACGGGAUGGAAGCCAUUAAUUUGUCCCAUGACUUAUUUUCUAGGGCCCCAAUCUGCCUUCAUGAAGAAAGGACAGAGGCAGAAAGGAUAGCGGUUGACUGCCCGACAAAUUGUUAUCAGGAGCCUGUGACCUUUGAGGACGUGGUCGUGGACUUCUCCCAGGAAGAAUGGGCUUUACUGGACCAAACUCAGAGAAGCCUAUACAGAGAGGUGAUGCUGGAGAACUACCAGAACCUGGCUGCUGUAGGAUGUCAGCUCAUCAAACCCAGCCUGAUCUCUUGUUUGGAAGCAGAAGAAGAGUUGAGGACAGUGGAGAGAGGUGUCAUCCAAGAAUGGGCAGCACUUCAACAGGAUGUUUUUUGGUUAAAAAUGGCAAGUGGGAUACAACCGGCAAGUAGCCACAAUGGAGAGGAGCUCUAUGACUUUAAGCCACAUGGAGAAAUCUUCAAAGAACACUCACACUUUCUGACACACCUGGGUACUCAAAUUAGAGGGAACGCUUGGGAUUAUGAUCAGUUUGGAAAUGACUUUCCUACUCUGCACAAGGACACUUCUACAGAGAAACUUGCUGUGUUCAGUCGAUAUGGAAAAGAUUUCGGUGUGACUCCUGGUGUUGCUUACCAGGCAACUUGUAUGCAGGCCAAAUCAUUUGAAUGCAGUGACUUCGGGGAAGCUUUUGUUAGUCAGUCUCACCUUCCGGCACAUGGGAGAAUUCACAGUGAAGACAAGCUCUUCCAGUGGGAGCAGUGUGGUGAUGCCUUUAAUCGCUCCAUGAGCCAAGCUACACAUGUUCAAACAUACACUGGGAAAAAAGCCUAUGAAUGUAAGGAGUGCGGAAAAAGUUUUAAAUAUUCUGCCAAUCUUAAUAUUCAUAUGCGAACCCAUACAGGAGAGAAACCUUAUCAGUGUAAGGAAUGUGGCAAAGCCUUUUCUAGGUGUUAUCCACUAACUCAGCAUUUAAAAACUCACACUGAAGAAAAGCCCUUUGAAUGUAAAGUUUGUGGAAAAUGCUUUAGAAAUUCUUCAUGCCUUAAUGAUCACUUUCGAGUGCACACUGGAAUAAAACCCUAUAAAUGUAAGGACUGUGGCAAAGCCUUCACAGGGCGUUCUGGCCUUAGUAAACACUUGCCAACUCACACUGGAGAGAAACCAUAUGAGUGUAAGGAAUGCGAGAAAGCCUUCACUUCAUCCUCAGGCCUUAUCAAACACAUGAAAAGUCACACAGGAGAGAGACCCUUCGAAUGUGACCAUUGUGGGAAAGCUUUUGCUUCUUCCUCAUCCCUUAUUACACAUUUGAGAACACACACUGGAGAGAAACCCUUUGAGUGUAAGGUAUGUGGGAAAGCAUUUACGUGUUCUUCUUACCUUCGCAUUCAUAUGCGAACUCACACUGGAGAAAAACCCUAUGUAUGUAAGGAAUGUGGCAGAGCCUUCACCGAGCGCACAAGCCUCACUAAACAUUUACGAACACACACUGGAGAGAACCCCUUUGAGUGUGACAUGUGUGGGAAAGCAUUUGCGUGUUCCUCCUAUCUUCACAAUCACGUGCGAAUUCACACGGGAGAGAAACCUUAUGUAUGUAAAGAAUGUGGGAAAGCCUUCACUGUUUCCUCACACCUAGUAACAUGUAGAAUUCACACAGGAGAGAAACCUCAUAAAUGUGAGGAAUGUGGGAAAGCCUUCACUGUGCGCUCAGGUCUCACUAAACAUGUUCGAACUCACACUGGGGAGAAGCCCUAUGAUUGUAAAGAAUGUGGGAAAGCCUUCACUACGUCCUCGGGCCUCAUCGAACAUAUAAGAAGUCACACAGGAGAGAAACCCUAUGAAUGUGACCAGUGUGGGAAAGCCUUUGCUUCCUCCUCAUAUCUUAUUGCACAUUUAAGAAUUCACACUGGAGAGAAGCCCUUUGAAUGUAACAUGUGUGGGAAAGCAUUUACGUGUUCUUCCUACCUUCACAUUCACAUGCGAACUCACACUGGAGAGAAACCCUAUGAAUGUAAGGAAUGUGGGAAAGCCUACUGUUACUCACACCUAAGUAAGCACAUAAGAAUUCACAGUGGAACAAAACCCUAUAAAUGUAAGGAUUAUGGGAUGGCUUUCAAUAGUUCUUCUCAUCUUACUGAGCAUAUGGAAACACUGGCAAGAAACUCUUUGGAUGUAAGGAAUGAGGAAACUGCUUUAGGAAGCCCUCUUGCCUUAGUAAUACAUUCAGAUUCACAGUGGCAAGAAACCUUAUCAAUGUAAGCCAUGUGUAUUCAUCUGUCACUUCAAAGACCUCCCACAUUCCAAGAUGCCCCAUGAACUUAAGUGUGGGAAGUCAUCAGAAGCUGUUCACAAUCCAACAUGCAAGAACUCGCCUUGAGCUGUACCAUGUCAGAAACAUAGAAAGCUGUCAACUAUUUCUUGGGAUCUCACCGAAUGUAUAAGAUUUUCAGUGGAGAGAAACAUCAAUAUAAGAUGUGGAAAAGUUGUAGUUCUGCUAAGUGCUUUGAUGGUCAGUCACCUCUGAUAGCCCAAAUGGAGAAAGAAGUCAUGAAAGUAAAGUGUUGGCAAGUCAUUUUUUACAUUAUUCUUCAACUUUUAAUAAACAUGAUAUUCACACUUAAGAGAAAUUGUUCAUCUAUGGGAUAUGAGAAUUGCUUCCCUGGAUCCUGAAAAGCUGACAAGAGAUGUGGUUUUCUUGGUGAUGGUAUAGAUUGCUUUUGAACACUUAUGGUUUCAAUAUUUCAAAUAUUUUGAAUAUUUGUGUAUUCUUACAACUUUUCAGUUUCAAAUGUCUGAUUACUACUUUUUUGCUUUUUCUGCUAACAUUACUGAGAUAUGACUGAUUACUAAAAUUGUAUAUAUUUAGGGUAUACCAAUCUGAUUUAUAAUAUAUGUAUACAUUGUGAAAUGAUUACUACAAUCAAGCUAAUUAAAAUGUCCCUUAUGUGAUAUAGUGAGUGACC